AUGGUGAACAAUCGUAAGGGAACCUACACUGACAAGUCCACUGAAGAAGUGCUUGAAGCUCCGAGUCCAAGAGCAGCUGUGCAUGGCAUACGAACAUUUCCUACAAACUCUGAUGACCUAGAUGACGUUCCUUUAGCUCGAUUAUUAAAGAAGGUUGCUGCUCCUGAUGUCUUUCCUGAAAAAUCUGCUGAUCCUGUUUUGUCUGUUCACUCUCAAGAGAGUUCGUCGUCUGAAGAUGUGUUCGUCCCUACCCCUGGACUUUGCCAAACUUCUUCUAUAGAACCAGAUGAAGAUGUUGUUGAACCUGUUGGUAAUGAAGAUGUUGUUGAGCAUGUUGACACUGAUGAUCAUAAUGAUGAGGUUCCCGUUGAUGAUAAUGUGGAUCAGAGUGCUCAACAAGAAACACAAUCAGUUCUUACAGAACCAAAGCCAUCUAGGAAGAAGGUUCAGGAAAAUCGACGAAACAUUACUACCAAAACUGGUAGAAAGAAAGUUCCUCUAAAUAUCCCAUCAAUCCCGAUUGAUGGUAUAUCGUUUCAUCAGGAGGAAAGCGCUGGGUUGUCAAAAACUAUUUCGGAUGUGGGCCCGUUUUAUCCUCAGCUUAUUAGAGAAUUCAUAGUUAACUUGCCAGCUGAUUUUAAUGAUCCAGCUUUUGUAUUAUCUAGAGGGACAUUAUCUUUUUGGCCUACUGAUGGUAUACCUGUUAUUGCUCUAAGUGUCAAGUAUGCCAUUCUGCAUAAGAUUGGUAUUGCAAAUUGGUUUCCUUCAUCCCAUGCUUCUAGCGUUUCUGUUGCGUUAGGGACAUUCUUGUAUCGCAUCAGCAAUGACGACAGGGGCAGUCAUGUGCUUGAUAUAAAUCAUGAUGUGCAUCCUUCUCUAGGGCCUCGAUUGUUUGAUACAACGGACUGGGAUGAAGCUACUGAUGGGUUCUUUGUUGAUAGAGAAUUGGCUUCCAGAAUUCUUAAUUCCCUUACAGCCGAGUCUCGUUCGCUAUCCACUGCCAUUAGUUUGUUGUAUGAACGUCGUUUGGAAAUUAAUUCUCUUAUUCGUCAUCUGAAGACCUUUGCUCCAUCAUCAAGUCGAGGGGAUCCUAGUUCUAAUUGA